CAUGCAUGUGGAGAAGAUGUGAUACUCUGACUGUCUGUCUGUCUGUCCUGUUUGUGAAGGUUCAUCAGCUCUGCUGCGAAUAAGAGUCUUUAUGCAAAGUUUCCAGGAACCAUGUGACUUCCAGUCUAGUGCAGUAGAGGUUUUCUAUCUACAACCACAUCACACGUCGCUAAUUAGGCAGGGCGAGAGAGAGGGAGUGAAGCAGAGCAAGAAAGAAAGAGUGUGAGUGCUGCCGUCUCGACUCAUUCGCCAGUGGACCGCCAUCAGUUCACAUCUCUCCUCUGAACACAUGCAGUCUCACAUAGACUGAGACAGACAGACAGAUAAACAGACUGAGAGAAAGACACCAGCGGAAGACAGACUCUGAAGGAGGUCAAAGGUUUCACAGGGACUGAAGUGGCAUGGCUCAGGGCUCUGACAAUAACGACACCAGCUACACCAAAUCACCCUCACCGGGCAAUAGACAGGGUUCGUCGGAUGACGUAAGGAAAGUCAUGAGGAGAGAAAAGAACCGUAUCGCGGCGCAGAAGAGCCGAAUGAGACAGACGCAGAAAGCCGACAGUCUGCACCUGGAGAGUGAAAAUUUGGAGAAGGAGAACGCAGCGCUCAGGAAAGAGGUGAAGAGACUCACAGAAGAGGCCAAAUAUCUGUCCACGGUCUUGAGUAACCAUGAGCCGCUGUGCACGGGCCUAAGCGGCGCGUCCACGGAGCUGCUGUACGGCGCGCAUCACGGCGCGUUCCACCAGCAUAUCAGCGUGCCACACUACCCGCUCUGACCGCCAGAGGCCGCUAAACUGCGCACGCAACCCGCCUGUGGGCGACGGGCAAUGAACUUUGGUUGAGUCAUUAACGGUAGUCAUCAGAGGGAUUGAAAUGAUCUUAAAGUCACCAUGAGUAUCAUAGAAACAAAACCAACGCCUCCAGAUGAAACGAUUUAUGUGACAAUGAUAUCUUAAUAUAAUUUUAGUUUUUUUUGGUCUAAAGUUAAAUCCCAGAACAAAACCUCAUGUCUGUAAAAUGCAAAUGUGUUAGGCUGUACUUGCAAAGGUAAAGACAAUGACACGAUGAAUGUUUUCAAUUUAGAUUUCAUUAGAAGCCAGUCUACUGAUUCAUACGAUCGUUUAUUUUAUUCUAUUUCUGUGAAAUGUUAAAGAAAUGACUGGACUUUAUUCUAAGAAAAUGAUGUUGAUUGUGUGUCCUGUUCACAGAUGUUAUGUGUGAAUGUUUUUCUAUUUUGACUCAUUAGUCAAACAUUCUGAAUGUACUUUAUACACACAAUUCUAGCUGAAUAUUUUUAUUCUAAACACGUUGGGAUCUUCUAAAGUUGUACAAACUGCUGUGCUAUAUAUCUCAAAUGUGGCGGAGGGAAAACUUUUAUCUGUGAUCUUCUGUAAUCACAUGUGAAGGAAUAAAUAAAUGUAAAAUAUA